UUGACCGCUACGGCGUCGCAUUCCAUCAUCGAAUCCCUUCCUGGUCCCGGCAAAGAAUCUUACAAGGAGUCUGGUCUGCCGCACAGAUGUCCUAUAAUCGCUUAGGUGAGUCCUCAGGCAUCUGUUCCGUCUCCCCGAUCCCGCUGCGUUGUUGCCUGUCUCCCUUCAUUCUUCGCAUCAACUUCCCUCCUGAAACUCUUCUGCUGUCCUAUUCUUGCAUCAGUCCCCGCAGCCAGCGUGCAGACCAGAUUAUCUGCUGGUCCUUUUCCCCCUCCCCUGUCCGGCGAGAAUCAGCUCCUCUGGCGCAUCCAGAAGUCAAUCCCGCUGCCCGACUUCACCCGUGCUGACUUUCGAGCUUAGAAGAUCCCUACGGGGACGAGCCUCGUUCGCCCACCAUGAAUCCCAGUCACAGUCAUCUCGAUCAUCGUUCCCCGUCCCCUAGUCGCCCGCUCCAUGAUUACCAGCUCUCAGAAGAUCCCUAUGGGCGCAUCGAAAUGCCGUCCAGUGACCAACUGGCCGAACAACCUACAUUCUCCGUCGAAAGACUUCCCGCAUACGGUCACGGCAAUGCCUAUGAUACCCAGCAGCACCAGCAAAACUACCCCGAAUAUGAAUACUCUGUAGACCCUGAGGCACACCACGAUGCCUACUACACGCAACCUUACCAACCAACAGCAACCCCACAAGAUGAUUACGAUCUAGGACAGUACUCGGGAUCCCAGCAAGCUUACCACGAUGACGCCCCGAUCCUACAAGCAGAUAACCCAUUCGAGGCGGCAGACCCAUAUAGCGACGACUACCAAGCGGAUCCAACGCUGGUUCCAACCCCGAGUCCAGCUCCAAUUCGACGGUGGAAAACGGUGAAAGAAGUGCCCCUGUUCGACGGUAACCUCGUCCUUGACUGUCCGAUUGCCCCGAAGCUGCUGAAUCAAGUACCCCAUGCCGAACCCCCCCAGCGCGACGAGUUCACGCACAUGCGCUACUCGGCCGCCACGUGCGAUCCGUCGGACUUUUACGAAGAGCGCUUCACGCUUCGCCAGAAGCUUUUCGCCAAGCCUCGACAUACGGAGCUCUUUAUCGUGGUCACCAUGUACAAUGAGGAUGACUUCCUCUUUGCGCGAACCAUGAUUGGGGUGUUUAAGAACAUCGAGUACAUGUGCUCGCGCACCCGAAGUAAGACCUGGGGCAAGGACGCCUGGAAGAAGAUUGUCGUCUGUGUCAUCAGUGAUGGUCGUGCCAAGAUUAACCCGCGGACUCGUGCGGUGCUGGCCGGGUUGGGAUGUUACCAGGACGGCAUUGCCAAGCAGCAGGUGAAUGGCAAAGAUGUGACGGCGCAUAUCUACGAGUACACCACGCAGGUGGGCUUGGAGCUCAAGGGAACCCAGGUCCAUCUCAAGCCGCGCUCGGGCGUUCCCGUCCAGAUGAUCUUCUGUCUCAAGGAAAAGAACCAGAAGAAGAUCAACUCCCACCGCUGGUUUUUCCAGGCGUUUGGUCGGGUUCUGGAUCCGAAUAUCUGCGUCCUGCUCGACGCCGGUACCCAGCCCGGCAAGGACUCGAUCUACCGCUUGUGGAAGGCCUUUGAUGUCGAACCGAUGUGUGGAGGCGCCUGCGGUGAAAUCAAGGUCAUGUUGGACCACGGAAAGAAGCUGUUCAACCCCCUGGUCGCGGGUCAGAACUUUGAGUAUAAAUUGAGUAACAUUCUCGACAAGCCGUUGGAAUCCGCCUUUGGUUUCAUUUCGGUGCUUCCCGGUGCCUUUUCUGCCUACCGAUAUAUCGCCCUCCAGAACGACAAGAACGGCCAAGGUCCCUUGGAGCGAUACUUCCUGGGUGAGAAGAUGCACGGUGCUAACGCCGGCAUUUUCACCGCCAAUAUGUACCUGGCCGAAGAUCGAAUUCUGUGCUUCGAAAUCGUGACGAAACGGAACUGUCGCUGGCUCCUCCAGUACGUCAAAUCCUCCACUGGUGAAACCGAUGUGCCAGAUCGGAUGGCGGAAUUUAUUCUUCAGCGUCGUCGUUGGCUCAAUGGAAGUUUUUUCGCCGCCGUCUAUGCGAUCGCCCAUUUCUAUCAGGUCUGGAGAAGUGACCAUAGCUUCUUGCGGAAGUCCAUGCUGUUGAUUGAAUUCAUUUACCAGACCCUCAAUAUGCUUUUUGCUUGGUUUGGCAUUGGUAAUUUCUUCUUAGUAUUCCAUAUCCUGACGACCUAUCUGGGUGACGCCUCGCUCCUGGGCACUGCUGGUAAGGUGCUCGGCGUGGUGUUUGAAUGGCUCUAUCUCGCGACUUUGGUAACCUGCUUCGUCUUGUCCCUGGGUAACCGUCCUGGUGGCUCCAAUAAGCUCUACAUGACCAUGGUAUACUUCUGGGUGUUUAUUAUGAUCUACCUUGCGUUUGCUGCGGUGUUUGUGACCGUAAAAUCGAUCCAAACGGAAGUUGAAGAUCACACAUUCUCCUUCUCGCAGUUGUUCACCAACAGCACUUUCUUCUCGAUCAUCGUCUCGCUCGGAUCGACUUAUGUCAUGUGGUUUCUUGCUUCGGUCAUCUUCAUGGAUCCUUGGCACAUGUUCACCUGCUUUAUUCAAUACAUCCUCCUCACGCCCACCUACAUUAACGUGCUCAAUAUCUAUGCCUUCUGUAAUACGCACGACAUCACGUGGGGCACCAAAGGAGACGACAAAGCCGAGAAACUGCCGUCCGCUAAUCUCAAGCCUGGCGGAAAGGUGGAUGUCGAGAUUCCCUCCGACGACGGGGACCUAAAUGCGCAAUACGAAAAGGAGCUGGCUGCAUUCGCCCAAAAACCACCCAAGGAGGUCAAGACCGUCCCAGAGGAAGAUCGACAGGCCGAUUAUUACAAGGGAUUCCGAAGUGCUGUCGUCCUUGUCUGGGUGUUUUGCAACUUUGCCCUGGGCGCCGUUGUGUUGAGCGCAGCGGGGCUGGGCCGAUUCGACGACGAUGCAGAAAAGGCGGAGGCGGAUCAGAACAAACGCUCUAUGAUCUAUAUGGCGGUAGUGCUGUGGAGCGUGGCCGGUCUUUCAAUUUUCAAGUUCGUUGGCGCCAUGUGGUUCUUGGUGGUACGAAUGUUCCGAGGUGUUUGAUUAUCAGGUUGCUUCAGCCAUGUCUUCCUGUACUUUUUUUGUCUUUUUUCUCCCACAAUGCAUGGAUGACGGAUGACUUUGCUUUCCACCACUGCCGGCCAGCAUGGUAUGUGCGAUGACUAUAAAGAAGGGAAAUGUUUGUUUACGAUAUGG